AUGGACACCGGCGACAUCGUUUUCAACAUCUACCACUCCAAGCGCGCCCCCCAGCCCCCGCGCAAAGACCCCCUGGGGGCGCACGGCAUCUCCUCCCCGGGGGUCAACAACGUCCAGCUCAUCGACAAGUCCUGGACCCUGGGUCAGGACUACAGCAGGGGCUCCCACAUAACGCGCUGGCCGGGCUUCUACAUCCUCCAGUGGAAGUUCCACAGCAUGCCGGCCUGCUCGGCCACCAACCUGCCGCGGGUGGACGACGUGCUGGCCACCCUGCAGGUGUCCUCGCACAAGUGCAAAGUCAUGUUCUACACCGAGGUGCUGGGGUCCGAGGACUUCAGGUCGGUACCCCAAUCUCUGAGCUGUUAUAUGGACGUGGCUUUAGUAUUUUCUGAAUUGAAUCAAAGCCUGACGGCGUCUCAUAGCUGCAAUAUCACCAACGACCAGCAGAACAUGACUUUGCACUUGUGCGAGGACACCUGCAGGGUGGCCAGCACGUCGUCCACCCGCGGCAGGUUGGUGGCCGAGCAGGCCGGCAUGCUGUGGAACUUCCACUGGAGGAUGUAG